AUGGCCACGGCAUACAUCGAGGUGGAGUGUCGCAGGCUGGGCCGGUUGCAUGAUUCUGUGCAACCCCUCCCUAGCUGCCAUACUCUUCUUCCGGUAGGUGAGAAGCGUGAGGCGUCACAGGAUUAUGCCCAGCUACCAGACCACUACAUUUUCUUCGACCUGCUCAAGAAGGAAGCGGCGAUGGAGGUGUCCGCUGGAAUCGCGCCCCUCGACGUCGCUACCUUCUUCCUCAAGUGCAUUCCGCCCAUGAAGAUUCGCGCCACGAUAAUAGAUCCUACAGGUCCGUUCAUGAUGAUCCGCACACGGGAUGCUAUGAUGGAUGUCGCCAAGUUCGUCAUCAACCCUCUCGAGCAGGCGAGAUGCUUCCGAGAGGACCCCAACCUCCAAACCCUAAUCAGAGCUCAAUGGCCUGGUAUUGAUGGGCUUGCUUUCCGUACCAGCCAGGAAGGCUUCCUGGAGAGGUAUAACAUCGAGAUCACCCGCCAGAACCUCACUCGUGCAGAGGGUGACAAGCUGCUGCAUAUACGCGAUCACCGCUACGUGAUGGUCGCGGUGGGGACGGCUCACAUUCGCAACGUGAACAAGGCUAAGAGGGUGGAGUUGUUGAGGGACUUCGUGGUUGCUGGCGACGUUGGCUUGAGGGAGCUUGCCCCGGGCAUGUUCUUGUGA